GCACAGGAGAGAGAGAGAGAGGGAGAGAGGGGGAGGCUGGCUCGGGUUUCAGAGACGCGCACUGACUGACGGACUGACCUGCGGCACAUAGUGGGAGCGCUCCUUGGUGAAGCAGCGACUGGGACAGACGGAGCAGGACGCACAGGAAUAAGCGCAACGUCCCCGAGAAACCAGGAUCAUCACUGACUGACUGAUGACACUGCACAGAAUGACUUCUAUUUUAACUUGACUCUAAGUUACUCAUCCGAGUGCAGCAAGGUAGUCUACUCUGGGGACAGUUUGAAGAAGACGCACAGAGAGGGAGAGAGAGAGAGAGAGAGAGAGAGCCUCUCAUUAGCUCCAAAGUUGCAGGUCCUCUUCUGCAGCUCUUCACCAGAUGAGUAUAGGAGAUUCUGUUUGGAUAAAACCAAAGUUAAAAGUCUAAAAUGGAACAGGAUCAGAAGUGGGGAGUCUGUGGACAAACGUCUGAGCAGUGGAGGAGUGGCAGCGAUCAGCAGGAGAAGAAAGCUUCACAUCAGCCUCUCUGGAGGUACUGGAGAGAUUUGUCCGGCGUUACGAUUUGCAUCGCCGUGUCCGUCCUGUGCCUUGGAGUUUGCGUUGUGGUUUUUGUGCGCGCCUCGGAGCUGCAGUCCAGGGUGUGGAGUCUGGAGCAGCGGGACGCGCAGUUCUCCGCGUGGAGGGUGUCUCUGGAGCAGGUGGAGCCCAUUACCCUGGGUAGACUGGACCAGAUCCUGGAGGAGAAGCUUGCAGCACGGCUACCAAAGACACGGGAGGUGAGAGAAGCUCAACACAGCUGCCUUUGUCCCCCAGGACCUCCAGGUCCUCCUGGACGAGCAGGCUUUCCGGGUGACAAAGGAAGUAUGGGAAUACCAGGGAGAAUGGCCUUAAAAGGACGCUCAGGGGAGAAGGGAGCACCAGGCGAGCCAGGUCUAUCUAUCAUUGGACCAAGAGGACCUCCUGGACAACCCGGAACACGAGGCUUUCCAGGCUUUCCGGGUCCAAUUGGUUUGGAUGGCAAAUCUGGUCAGAACGGAGGGAAGGGAGACAUGGGUCAGCGUGGUCCUAAAGGACAGCCAGGGGAACUUGGACCCAAAGGAGAAAAGGGCGUAUGUGGAGACUACACACACCGGGACCUCUUUGUGCAGGAUCUUCCAUUGAAAACCCUGGCUGCCUUGCGCUCCAGUCAGUCUCUGAUGUUAAAGAUGUUGCCCAUCACCAUGCGAAACAUGCCCCCAAUAAGCCCUCUAAUCUUAAAACGCCUCAAGCAGGGCGAGCCUGGAGCGCAGGGACCCCCAGGACUUCCAGGACCCCCUGGACCCCCAGGCUUGAUUGGAACUGGUGGCACACCGGGUAAACCCGGUGAGCCAGGCAAACCAGGAAAAGACCCGAGGCUCUUACCAGGACUGAAGGGUGAGCCAGGUGUUCCAGGGCAUAAGGGUGAUCGAGGCAAUGUAGGCCCAUCAGGUCCUGAAGGCCAUAAGGGAAUUAAAGGUGACCAGGGAAUUGAGGGAGAUGAAGGAAAGAGAGGUUACCCAGGAGAGAGGGGCGAGAAGGGAGAACGAGGUUUCCCAGGCGCUCCUGGGUUAAAGGGUCAGGCUGGCAUCUCUGGUACCCCUGGCAUCCCUGGCAAGAGGGGCUACAGGGGUGAUAAGGGACAGCCAAGCAUUGCAGCCACAGGUAUUAAAGGAGAACCAGGUUCAUCGGGACUGCCAGGCCUAACGGGACCCAAGGGUGAAAAGGGUGAUACAGGAGUCGAGGGGCAUGCAGGUGAUGAAGGCCCAGCUGGACCAAGAGGUCCUCCAGGCCCAACUGGAGAGCCAGGAAAGGCUGAAAUUCAAAAUAACGAAAAUGAUAUUCGCAACAUACCUUUGAUGGGUCCCCCUGGAUUACCUGGACCUCCAGGGUCCCCUGGCAUCACAGGUCUCAAGGGUGAAGUCGGUCUACCAGGUCCACCUGGACUGGACGGCGAUAAGGGACCCAGAGGGAAGCCAGGAGAGCCUGGUCCUUCAGGCCCAGCUGGUCCUCUAGGUCCCAGAGGCGAGGAUGGUGUCAUGGGCUUCCCGGGUCCCAAGGGAGACAUGGGUCCAUCUGGAUCACCUGGUUUAGAUGGCCCUACUGGUGAAAAGGGGGCUACAGGGGCCCCUGGCUCUAUUGGAUUACCUGGCGCAAUGGGUCAUAAAGGCGAACCUGGAGAAGUAGCGAGGUCGGAAAUGAUAUAUGGUCCUCCAGGGCCCUCAGGACCUCCAGGACCAGUUGGCCCAGCAGGAUCCCAAGGAUUUUCCGGGCCUAAGGGAGAGCCAGGCAUCGGCAUCAGAGGAGAAAAGGGAGCAUCAGGUCACAAGGGCGACAAGGGAGACAGAGGCCAUCUUGGACUACCUGGGGCUCAUGGGUUAGACGGCAGACCGGGUCCAGUGGGUCUAAUAGGACCAGCAGGUGUGUCAGGGCCAGCAGGACCAAAAGGAGAGAGAGGUGAAAAGGGAGACGGAGGAUUACCAGGACCAACUGGGCCUCAAGGCAUCCCUGGUUUAGUAGGACCACAAGCACUCAAAGGGAACCGGGGAGAGAGGGGCAAGAAAGGCAACAGGGGGGCCAAAGGGGAUAAGGGAGACCAAGGAGCACCUGGAUUAGAUGCCCCCUGUCCGUUGGGGGACGAUGGCUUACCUGUACCAGGAUGCUGGAAUAAAGGUCAACAUCCUUUCCAACUGGCUAAGAAGUAGGGCUACCCAAGACUGUCCCCGAGAAGACACAGAGAGGAAACUUGAAGACAUUCUGAGAUAUCUUUGAGUUUUUACCCUAAUCUGGAGUUGGCAUUUUCAACGUUUUUCCAGGAGGCUGGACCCAGGGCCAGUAAUGUUGGAAGCUUCAGUGGCAGCAAUGAGCAUUUUAACUUCAAUAAGACUGAAAAGUACAAGCCAGUUAGUCAUUGAAGGCUCUCAGGACAGGACAACCAUCACAAGCCAUGGAGAGAUGCUGUACCUACUGAUGUGUUGCUGAUGACUACAUACACAUAGAUCUAUAAAACUCUAGUGAAAGUCAUGGACACUUUAGCACAUGCCGUUUGUUGUGUUUCCAAUUGUGACAUCAAUACUGCAACUGUGAUUAAGAAUUCAGAGCAGCUCACAGAGCAGAUAGAUGCCAUGUGUUUUCAUGAAAAGCCAAAAAAACACGGAAAAAAAAACUAAGGGAGACCCUCUUGAUGAUUCCUUCAUGACACUGCCUUUUUUUUUAAUUCCCUUUACCUGCAGCUAUUACAUUUUAUUUGAAUGAUUGUGCAGUAUAGGAAAUACCAGCUUUGACAUCAUGUCUGGUCAUAUAUGAGAUAUAGUUAUAUAUAUUUUACUCUACAAUUGAGGUGUGAAAGGACACCACAAUUCAAUGCUGUAAUUGUAAGUAUUGUACAAUAUAAGACAAAGGAUUGUAUGUAUAAAAGUAUUCAGUCUUUGUAAAUAGAUUGCAUUGAUGAAACAUGGAUUUCACAUACAGAGGGAAUACAAUGGUCAGUAUUCAUGUGUUGAUUAUAUCGUAGUUAUAACUUUCUGCAGUUAUGGUUUUUGAAAAAAACAUGUUUUGGCCUCGUGUAAACCAACACUUUAUAAGUCCACAAUUUCUACAUUUGCAUGCUGCAUAUCCAGGCUCUAUAACAUGCCAUGAGAUAUACUGCAUGUAAAUACACAUAUCUUUUUACCUUUCAACUCAAAAACUUUCAUCAGAUGAUGGCAAAUAAUUUAUUGCUUUGUCACCAAUGAUGUGAAUUUAUCUUUAGUUAAUACAAAAAAGUAGCUUGUUACAGCAGUGACUGUACAUACAAAUAAUAAAAAUGCCGUUCAUCUGUGUUGAAAAUCUAAAUAAUGACUAUCCUGUUUCAAAUCAAAUGUCCAGAAGCAUUCCUUAUGUCAUAUUGACAGCUGCCUUUUAAACAGACCGGGGUCAAAAUGGUGUUUCAUUUGUAUUUAUUUGUUGGUUUUUCUUCGAUUAAUUUUCUUGAGUAAUUGCAAAAUGUAAGAAAUUGUUUUAAGAGUGUCAUUGUCUCAAAGGUGCAAGUGUUGCUACAAAACAUUGUUUAGUGGGUGAGAUUUGCCUGUUACAAUUUUUUUAAAAUUUAAAUCAAUAGUUAGUUUAAAAAUUACAGGAUGCAAAUUACGAUUUAUUAUUGGAGUGACUACAGAUUUGAAUUUUAAAAAGGAAUCUAUGAUGUCUGAGAGCUCAGAGUGCUGUAACUUUAGAAAACAAGAGCAAAAAAGGAAAACAUUACAUUUUCACUGUUUAGUUCUGAUAUGUUUUCUCUAUUUAAUUGUUUUGUGUAAAUAAUUGAAAUUUCUCCAUUGGAUCACAUUGUCCAUCUUGUAUUUUUAUAUAAAAGUAAUACAGUGGCCUGAGCUCACUUGGACAUACACAGAGGUUACUGGUAAUAGCAUUUGAUUUUUCAGUUGUAUGAUAGUUUAAGAAAGAGAUAAAAAAGGAAAUUCCCCAUCAGGCAAUGUAACACACAGCAACUCAUUUAUUUAAUAGAUACACUCACAGAUUGUUGUCCUUUACAGAACUGGUUCUUGUAAGAAAACUGUUGUUUUCAUCUUUAACAUUUUACACCUGAAAGUUGUUAUUUAGUUUCUGCCUCUAUAUUUCACAUUUCUUUUUUUGCACAAAUCUUUCAAAGUGAGAGCAAGUUGUACAUUUGCCAUAUUUACUUGGUUUGCCUUGCCACAACUUUUCUCUAUCUUUAAGCCAUAGAAUAGCAACAAUGUAGCCUUUAUAUGAGCAAAGGGUUACAGAAUAUAUGGUUUAUGUAAUAUAUACAAAUGUAAGUUUUGAUCCAUCCACCAAAAGUCGUUUCUGGACAUAAUACAGUUAGUACACAUAUACUCUUUGGUUUUGUGUCAAAUGUGAAGCUGUAUCUGCGCAACAUGUCGUUGCUGUGACUCUUUCACUUGAUGAGCUUGUUAAGCCAUAAUACUCUUAUUGAGAUGGCCAUUAGAAUGAUAAACAGACAGCAAUUUAUUUCACUUAAUUGUUUGACAUCAAGUUUAUAACUAAAAAUAGUAUCGUAUAAUAGUACUAGUACUAUUAGUAUUGAUCUGUCCCAACUCAGAUAGUUUAAAAAUAAAGAUGGCUGACAUGUCCUCCCACUGAAAACAUGAAAACAAAAAUAACAUGGAUACGGGUGCUGCCAUCUGACACUGUUGACUUAAAUGGGAUGUCUGCGCAGUAAUGAUCAUUAUCAGUACUACACAGUAUCAAAGUCCACACUUGACGUUUCCUCUAAUUUUUAUAGCAUCAAUUUUUUAAGUAAAAAUGCCACAAAACACUUGAAUAUACACCAGUGUGAUGAGAGCUCCCUCAAAUACAGACAUCAUCUUUGGAAAACUAUUUAUUUAAUGUGUAUUCUGAAUUUAUGGUUUGGUCCAUGACCAAUCUUAUAACUUAAAAGGGGGUGGAGUUUAUGAUCUAUACUGUAGCAGGACACUAGGUGGCAAUCAAGAUAUUUUGGCAUGUCAUCCAUCUACCUAAACCUAACCCUAACAAGAGCAGUGAAAGAAGGGAAGUGUAUCACUAGGUAUGGAACACUCUUCAAGUGAAAAAUGACCAGUCUCUACUUUGGAUUUGCAGGAUCAGUUGCACAAUAUUUUUGUUUUGUUUUGACUAACAAUGUUAGCAUUUAUAUUUGUAACAAAACAAAGAUAAAGUGGGAAAUAAAGUGUACAUAACCACUGUUCAACACCCUGCUUUAUUUUGAUAAAAAGGAAAUAUUCUAUGUAUAAUUCUUUUUGAUGUGAAACUCUGUACUAUCAGUUUAGAACAGUUUUGAGGAUGGGUAAGUGGGCAUUAUACAGAAUUUGCAUGUUAUUGUUUAGCCUGUAUGAAGCACUAUUAUUUACAUUUGUUUUCAUCUUUUUUUCUUUAUAUUGGAAUGUUAGAUUAACUCGACGUUUGAUGAUUUUUUCUGGAUAGUCAAAAGAAAUCUGAUAGCCGAGUGACCUUUGUGCCGAUUUCUAUGCUACCACCACCUUGAAUUGAUAUGUGUAAGAUUGUUUUCCAUGAUUCAGUAUGACUUCCAACCACAGGUAAGGAAUUCAUUGCAGCCCACAUGCUGCAACCUACACCUGUUAUUUAAGUGUGGUGUCGCAAUGGAAUAAGGUAAUGAAAUUGUUUUGUGCUUUCCAAAAGAAUUUAUCUUUAUUUUUUAUAAUCCAAACAAUGGCAGCUGUUGUUACUGAUUGCCGAACAGAUUCACUGCUAAAUACAAUUAAAGUAUUUCAGCAAUUUGUCACUGACUCAGAAUAAAGAAACCAAAUUGCAAUGCAA